AUGUACUCUCUUGCAGCUAGUAUAGUCCAGACCUCGGCUUUUAGAAGGCCUUUCUUCCUGUUUCGAAAGCCCUCGGUUCGGACUGUGACCACCCGCGCGACCUCAUACAUACUCAACACAGGCGCGAAAAUCCCGACGCUAGGAUUUGGCACAUUCCAAGAUCCUGAUUCCCAGGAAGGGGCUGUCAACAGGGCCUUGCGGAAAGGUAUGCACCUGGUUGAUACAGCUCGGGUCUACAAUGUUGAAGAGCAGGUUGGAAGGGGAAUCAAGAAGAGUGAUUUGUGGUGCAAUGAUUACCAUCCUGAUAAUGUGGAGAGGGCUUUUGAUGACUCUCUGAGAGACCUGGACACGCUCUAUGUUGACCUUUUGUUAUUGCACUAUCCUUGCACCUUCAAGCGGGGGUCUGACCGAUUUCCUCGGGAUGCCGAAGGCAGGAUGAUUCUGGGCGAAACCACUUAUAUUAAAGCCAUUGGAGUAUCAAAUUUCAGCAAGGGUGAAAUCGAGACCUUACUCCAGGAGACUUCCACGCUACGGACAAAGCAUAUUCAUGUUGUCCAGUUCAGUCCCCUGGGCAACAUGAACGACUACUACCGCCAGACUGGAUGGUCCAAGGAGAUCGCACAGAUGAUGCGGGUUAUUGAUCAACCAAUCCUGAAGGAGGUUGGACAGAAAUAUGGCAAGACCCCUGUGCAGGCAGUUCUUGCAUGGGGAAUCAACAGCGGCCGCUCGGUCAUCCCAAAAAGUGUUGUUGACUGGCAGAUUGAAGAGAACUUGGCAGCUGAUUUUGAGCUGCAGUCUGAAGACAUGGCCUGUAUUACAACUCCGGAUGCGAAGGAUUGCUUCAAUAAUCCCAGCUUCGAUUAUGAGUGGCGUUUGUACAAUGACUUGGAGGGCAUUGACGACACUAUGAGAGGGAGGACUCACUAA